AUGAUGCGGCUGCAUGGCUCGGCGAUGCUGCGCGAGCUGCUCCGGCGGCCGCCCGCCGCCGUCGGAGCCGCCCUGCGGCGCGCGCAGCCCCUCGGCACCCUGUGCCGGCGUCCCCGGAGCGGGAACCGGCCGGCCGCGGGCCUGGUGGCCGCCGCGCGGCUCCACCCGUGGUGGGGCGGGGGCGGCCGCGCCAAGGGCCCCGGCGCCGGCGGCCUGUCCAGCUCGCCCUCGGAGAUCCUGCAGGAGCUGGGCAAGGGAGGCGCGGCGCCCCAGCAGCAGCAGCAACCCGGGGCGUCGCCUCCCUCAGCCGCGCCGGCACCGGGCCCCAAGGACAGCCCCGGGGAGACGGACGCGUUCGGCAACAGCGAGGGCAAGGAGAUGGUGGCCGCGGGCGACAAUAAAAUAAAACAGGGUCUGUUACCUAGCUUGGAAGAUUUGCUGUUCUACACAAUUGCUGAAGGACAAGAAAAGAUACCUGUUCACAAGUUUAUCACAGCACUCAAAUCUACAGGAUUGCGAACGUCUGACCCCAGGUUGAAAGAGUGUAUGGAUAUGUUAAGAUUAACUCUUCAGACAACGUCAGAUGGUGUCAUGCUAGACAAAGAUCUUUUUAAAAAGUGCGUUCAGAGCAACAUUGUCUUGUUGACACAAGCCUUCAGAAGGAAGUUCGUCAUCCCUGACUUUAUGUCCUUCACCUCACACAUCGACGAGUUGUAUGAGAGCGCGAAAAAGCAGUCUGGAGGGAAGGUUGCUGAUUAUAUUCCUCAGCUGGCCAAGUUCAGUCCUGAUUUGUGGGGUGUAUCUGUCUGUACAGUAGAUGGGCAAAGGCAUUCUAUUGGAGAUACCAAAGUCCCCUUUUGUCUUCAGUCCUGCGUGAAGCCCCUGAAAUACGCCAUUGCAGUCAAUGACCUGGGGACCGAGUAUGUGCAUCGCUAUGUCGGGAAAGAGCCAAGUGGGCUGAGAUUCAACAAGCUGUUUUUGAAUGAAGAUGACAAACCACACAACCCUAUGGUGAACGCUGGAGCCAUCGUUGUCACCUCACUGAUAAAGCAAGGAGUAAAUAAUGCUGAGAAGUUUGACUAUGUGAUGCAAUUUUUGAAUAAGAUGGCUGGUAAUGAAUAUGUUGGAUUCAGUAAUGCAACGUUUCAGUCUGAACGAGAAAGUGGAGACCGAAAUUUUGCAAUUGGAUAUUACUUAAAAGAAAAGAAGUGUUUUCCAGAAGGCACAGACAUGGUUGGGAUACUAGAUUUUUAUUUCCAGCUGUGCUCCAUUGAAGUGACAUGUGAGUCAGCCAGUGUGAUGGCCGCGACUCUGGCUAAUGGCGGUUUCUGCCCGAUUACUGGUGAAAGAGUCCUCAGUCCCGAGGCCGUUCGGAAUACACUGAGUCUGAUGCAUUCCUGUGGCAUGUAUGAUUUCUCGGGGCAGUUUGCAUUCCAUGUUGGUCUUCCUGCAAAAUCUGGAGUUGCUGGGGGUAUUCUAUUAGUUGUCCCCAAUGUCAUGGGCAUGAUGUGCUGGUCUCCGCCUCUUGACAAGAUGGGCAACAGUGUUAAGGGAAUUCACUUCUGUCAUGAUCUUGUUUCUCUGUGUAACUUCCAUAACUAUGAUAAUCUGAGACACUUUGCAAAGAAACUCGACCCUCGGAGGGAAGGUGGCGAUCAGAGGGUAAAGUCGGUAAUAAACCUUCUCUUCGCUGCGUACACUGGAGAUGUGUCUGCCCUCCGGAGGUUUGCCCUGUCGGCCAUGGACAUGGAGCAGCGUGACUAUGACUCCAGAACGGCCCUCCACGUGGCUGCCGCCGAGGGUCACGUGGAAGUGGUUAAGUUUUUGCUGGAAGCUUGCAAGGUGAACCCCUUCCCCAAGGACAGGUGGAAUAACACGCCCAUGGACGAAGCGCUGCACUUUGGACACCAUGACGUCUUUAAAAUCCUCCAGGAAUACCAAGGCCAGUACACACCUCAGGGGGAUUCUGACAACGGGAAGGAAAACCAGACUGUCCACAAGAACCUCGACGGGCUGUUAUAAUGGCCCGAGAGACUUGGGUUACUUACCUAUUUCAUUGUGGAACAUGGCUAUGAAGAACGUGUAUAUUUCUGUCUGGCAGUGAUGUGCACUGUGCGUUUGUCAUGUCAGUGUUACUGGAGUUUCCUUCCUUGUGCGCACAGGACAAAUCUGAUGUCUUUGGGAAAAAUAGAAAUAAAAGAACCUCCCUUCAUAAUGUGA